UAUGGAGCGCCAAAGUGGACAAAAAUAUCGACGAUUGAUAGGCCAAGAUCGUGAGUACAUAAUCGAUCCAAAAGUGGGCGCGGUCAUACAUUUUUGAUGAUCGAAAAAUAUCAACAAUGGAUAGGCCAAGAUCGUUAGUACAUAAUCGAUCCAAAAGUGGGCCGCCCAUACAUUUUUGAUAGUUUGAUAAUGCCGCGCCAAUUGAUAUUCGAUCUACAUGCAACCUGUGUGAUGAUUUAGUCUAUUAUCGACCUCUCAAUCGUAGACAUUGUGUUUGAUAUUCAAGAAGGUGUUAGCCUCGAGACCACGUCUUAUUUCAAUCGGCGUGGUCUCGAGGCUAAGAACGUGUCAGCCUAGCCUCGAUUCAAGGCCUAGUAAAAUCAGCACUUUCUACUGAAGACCACGCCCUUUCUAUGAGACUAUGCUAUGUAAAGGGCGUGGUCUCUACUCUAGUUCUCACCUACAAUAAUAGCAGCUAUUUUCUUUGCCAAGAUCAAGAGCAUGAUAAGUGAGCCAAGCUGAUUAAUUCGAUUGAGGGAGGGCAUAGAGUAUUAAGAAUGUCAGCUUCUGAGAUGAUUGACUUCUUGCUUGAGGCUGAAGAUACUAUUACGAGAACAAACAUGAUGAUACUUGAAGGUGAUUUAACUGUUGUCGAAGAUGCACUUUGUACUGCUGAGAUGGUCCUUGGAGAUAUUCUGAGUGCUGAAGAUUUGUUACCUUUUGGAAGUGGAGAAAUAUUAGUUGAACAUGUGAGAAACAUAGUUGUGUGUAUUAAUGAGGUGAUUGAUGAUGAACACCGUUGUCACAUUAGGGGACGACCACAAAUACCAAUUAGUGAAGAAAGCCUUAUUUUGCUGCUAAAAGCUCAUUUUUCAACUACAGCCAUUGGGAAAAUGUUAGGCGUUUCAUCUCGUACAAUAAGGAGAAGAAUAGUUCAAUACGGAAUGCAAGAUGAGAUAACAUUCUCAGGGUUGAGCGACUCUGAGCUUGAUGAUAUUACAACAAAUUUUAUCAGGACGCAUCCUAAUUCUGGAGAACGAUCACUAAGUGGCUUUUUGUGGAGUAUAGGUAUUCGGAUCCAGCGCGCAAGAGUCAGGGAAAGUCUGAAGAGAAUUGAUCCCAUUGGUGUGGCUUCACGCUUCCGGCAAGUUCUCCACCGGCGAAAAUAUAAUGUAUGCAUGCCAAACAGCCUCUGGCACAUAGACGGUUAUCAUAGGCUCAUUAAAUGGCGUAUUGUCAUACAUGGAGGCAUUGACGGCUACUCCCGACUCCCUGUAUAUAUGAAAGCUUCCACAAACAACAGGGCAGAGACAGUUUUAGACAGUUUUUUGAGUGCAGUUCAUGAGUAUGGUCUACCCUCUAGAGUCCGAAGUGACAAGGGAGGAGAAAAUGUGCUGGUGUCUCAGUUUAUGCUUGAUCAUCCAGAACGUGGGCCCGGACGUAAAAGUUUUAUUACAGGACGGAGUGUCCACAAUCAACGAAUUGAGAGGUUGUGGAGGGACCUAUUCACAGGAUGCAUAUCACUCUACUACGAGGUGUUCUCCUCCUUACAAGAAGAUGGAUUGUUGGACCCUCUGUGCAAUACAGACCUGUUUUCCUUGCAUUACAUAUAUAUCCCCCGAAUCAACAGCCAUUUGGAUGAAUUUCGCCAAUCGUAUGCUCAUCAUCGUUUAAGAACUGAGAAGAAUCAGACUCCAUACCAGUUGUGGACGAAAGGAUUGUUACAAGGGUCAGGUGAUGCUGCUGCUAUACAAGGUGUUGCAAGUGAUACAUUGGAAUAUUUUGGAAUUGACUGGGAAGGUCCCGUCACUGUGUCUGAUGAUCUUGAUCGUGUCACUAUUCCUGAGACUAGGAAUUGCAUAAGUAGAGAGCAGCACAUUGAGCUAGCACAUGCUGUUGAUCCUCUUGAAACCUGUGAUGAUCUUGGGAUAUCUUUGUAUAUUAUCACUCGGGCUUAUGUUGAAGCAUGUCAGUGACUGUAAUUAAUUUAUAUAUAGCUAGUGUUUUAGUGUUUAUAUUUGUUUUGUCAUGUGAUGCUGAAUAAAUUAAUUUUGGCUACAUAUUAAUUAAUUUAUAUAUAGCUAGUGUUUUAGUGUUUAUAUUUGUUUUGUCAUGUGAUGUUGAAUAAAUUAAUUUUGUUAACUUG